AUGUCGAGUAGUGAUUUCAGCAGUGAUAGUGAUUUUGAUAUGGAUGUGGAUGAAGGCACUCAGGUUGGCACCGUGCAACCAUCAGUUCAAGUUUCUCAAGCUCCUCGCUUGGUGGAUUUUGAAAGUUCAGAAGAAAUGGAAGAUUCAGAUCAGGAUGGGCCACCAAAAAUAACAGUAUUAAAAGCAGAAAAGCAACCUUCAAGCUCAGAUAUUUCUGCUGGAUCUAGCGACUUUGAUUCAGAAGAUACUCCUCCCCAAGCCAAAAAAAUCGAAAAAAAAGAAGAGAUGAAAUACCUCACAGUCAACAAAAAGCCUAUGGCAAUAUCAACUCAAGACUUCACCAAAGCAAUGCCUUCACCCAAAAUUAGCCCAAUCAACAAAGCAAGGCCGCCUCAAACAAUUUUUAAGCUCGAAAAUAAAAAUUUGCAUACAAAAUCGUACACAAAUUUUUCAGAUCUCAUUUUUGAAGAUGAACUCAACCCUGCUCCCAAACCAAAGAGCAGGCCAAAUGAUGUUGAAAGGCUGUUUAGAUAUCAAGCUAAAUCAGAGGCCAAACUAAAGGACCUUGCUAAUGCACAAGCAAAAAAAAUAAUGGAAGACUGCACUUUUCAGCCUAAUAUCAAAGUGAGCAAAGAAAAGCGAUCUAUACAUGAGUUUGCAAGUGAUAUGGAAAGACUUGAAAAAAAUCGCCAAAUUGCAAUUGAGGCAUUAAGACAAGAACAUCUCAAAGCACUUGGAAAUGGAGGCGUUAAGCUAAAGCCCACAAUCUGUAAGAAAUCGGAUUUGAUAGCCCAGCAGCAGAGAGGUAGGUCAACCAUAUCAGUGCACGAAAAAUUAUGAAGAGAGCGCACAGAUAAAGCACAAGAGCAGCUACUAUCCCCUGCUAAUUCGGUCACAAUUGAUAGGAGAUCUUUUACGCCGAGCAUCAAUGAGAGAUCUUUAAGAUUAGAAAGAAGCGAAUCAAUUGAAAAUAGGCUAUAUAAUGACGCUUUGAGGAGGAAAAGGGCAGCAAGUCAAAGCCCAGAAACUUCUUUUAGAGGAAGGCUGAUAACAAAAAACUCUGAAAGGUUCUUAGCAAGAAAAUUUGAAAAUGAAUUUUCAGCUAAAACUAGAGACCUAGAUAUAGAUGAUAGCAUGAAUUACACUAAAUUUGCUGCUUUAUUAAAGUCUAUGAGCUUUAUAGUAGACUCAGAUAAAGGAAGAAGCGAUAUGAUUGAAAUAUGAAAAAUUUUACAGCCAACAGAAAAUUAUGUGAAGAAAGACAACCUUUUGAAUGCAUUAAAAGGGAUUAUGAAUUAUCCUUUAUCUGAACAAGAAGAAGGGCUACUAAAGUUAGAUAGAAGUUUGCUUCAUAGAAAUUUUCAUCAUCUUUCAGAGAAUAGGGAAAGGGUUGUAUAUCAUUCAAAUAGGAAUCCCAGGUUUAAAGGAGGGCUUGAGACGUACAGUUUUAGGCCAAGCUUGAAUAGAACGAGCUCAUUGCUUGGAGGAAGGUCUCUAAGCAAUCGUAGUUUCAUACAAGGACAAAAGAGCAAUGCAGAUUUCCUUGCAACAGAACAGCAAAGGCUCCAAGUAAAAUGAUUAGAAAUGAAGAAAGCCAAAGAUGCUGAAGAAUCCAAGCUGUGCACUUUCAAGCCUGUCAUCAACAAAAAAACACCAAUAAGGCAUAGUAAAGUAAAAAGCAACGACGUCAUCACUACUCAUUAUAAGCGCCUAAGUUCAGAAAAAAAUAGAUUUGAAGCCUUGUAUAGUUUAGCAAAAUUUGAAAGAACAGAAAAAGAAAGGCUUGUGAAGUCGAAAGAGGAAUCUGAAAUAGAAGAAGACAUGAAAGAAUGCACAUUCACUCCAAAAUUUGAAACACAGAAGUUCAAUAACGAUUUUGAUCAGGUAAAAGGGGUUUCACAGCUGAUCAAUAAGCUCAGAAAAGGGAAGAUGGAUGCGAAAAAAUCAAAAAAUGAAGACCAAGAAAACAAGAGCAUUCAUAAGAGGAAAGGAAGCUUGCAGGGAAGGUCUGAUAGACAAAUUACGACUAAAGAGUCAAGUGAAAGCAGAGAAAGCUAUCAAAAUUCAUAUAGCUCCGAAGACGACGAUACCUUGACUGUUUCAGUAAAUCUUCCCAAUGGGGUAGUCGAUACACUUAUUAUUUAUCCUAAUGAUAACAGAGAAGAAGUUGUUCAGAAGUUUAUUGAUAAGCAUGGCAUUGACGAAGUAGCAGCAAGAAAAUUAAAAGCAGGUUUACUCCAAUAA